CGGGACUGUAGCACUGUUACCAGGGAGGGAGGCAGUAACAGGAGUGUAUUCAUUCGUCCGAUUUCGUUGAAAAACGGUUGGUUCCUCUAGUAAACGGUAACAAACCUAACGGAACUUAACGUGGAGGGACCUACUUGGAAUUGUUGAAAUAGAAACUCUUGUUAUCGAUGCAAAACGUUUUGUAACAGAAUCCGACUAAUGAAUACACUCCUGGUCGCGUUGUAUGACGGGAGUGUGGCGCCUAGCAUAGGCUUCGUCGUGCGGCUAUGUCAACGAUUUAGUUUGUAAUCGAAAAUUAAGAUACUACACGAUUGGCUAUCCUAUUUCCUUUUUAUUGUGACAAUUGCUCCAUUGAUUGCACGUAGUUAUACAUCAAACCAAGUUGAAUAGCGUGAGCUUGUUUUUACGUGGAAAGGUUUAGUCGGAGUGGGGGGACGGGGGAGAGUGGCUAGUCGGGGGCGACCGAUGAGUUCGGAGCAUUGCCCAUCGUCGCCGCAGCAGAAGGAGAGGGUCAAGCCAGCAUUGGACAAACGUGAACAAGGGGAGAUAACAUCGAAAACCAACAAGGAUCAAGGCGGCAUGGUCACCACAAAGGGAGCAGGGCUAAACCCCAAUGCCAAAGUCUGGCAGGAGAUCCCUGUGCCCCAGAGCCAAGUCCCAGAGGACGGCACGGAGGGCACCCACUGGCUAGAGACUACCCCCACUUCUGCUGAUGUCACUGAGGGUUAUUCAGAGGCUCCCCCUACUGAGGAUAAGGGGUACGGCACGGAGUACUCAGACCCCUCGGACAGUGCCCGUUUACCCACAGAGUGUGUACUGAACGGCAUGGAUCCCCCUGAGCUGGGCUACCCCCUCUAUGACUCUGUGACUGAGUCAGCAGUGGAGGAACAGCAGCCCCUCUCUGAAGAGAGCCUGAGAGAGUCUCUGAAGAAACAGCUGGAGUUCUGCUUCUCAAGAGAGAAUCUGUCCAAGGAUCUGUACCUGAUGUCCCAGAUGGAUAGUGAUCACUUUGUCCCCAUCUGGACCAUCGCCAGCAUGGAGGGCAUCAAGGUCCUCACCACCGACAUGGACCUCAUCCUGGAGGUACUACGAGCCUCGCCCAUGGUGCAAGUUGAUGAGAUGGGGGAAAAGGUUCGGCCCAAUCACAAGCGCUGCAUCAUCAUUCUGAGGGAGGUGCCAGAGACCACACCUGUAGAGGAAGUGGAGGCCCUCUUUAAGAAUGAAAAUUGUCCCAAGGUGAUGAGUGUUGAAUUUGCAGCCAACAACAACUGGUACAUCACAUUCCAGUCGGACACCGAUGCACAGCAGGCCCACAGAUAUCUAAGGGAAGAAGUGAAAACGUUUCAGGGAAAACCCAUCAUGGCUCGUAUCAAGGCCAUCAACACAUUCUUUGCGAAGAAUGGCUACCGUAGCGUACCGAACUCCAGUGUGUACAGCCAGCAGGGCCAGUCCCAGUACAACUCAACACACCUCUACAUGCAGCAGGUGUUCAGCCCCCAGCAGCAGUACCCACUCUACCCCCUGGUGCCCCCCACCUGGAACCCAUCGCCUGCCCCUUACUUCCAGACUCCGCUGGCCCCAUUCCCCAACAGUGGCUUUGUGAACGGCUUCAACACCCCUGGGAACUACAAGAGUGGCACCAAUCCCCUGGGCCUCGAACGACCGCCCUUCAACAGAAACCGUGUCCCCCUCUAUUCUAGAAAGAAUGUAAUCAAUGCCUUCAGGAACCACACGAAGAGCCAGCCCAGGCCAUGUGACGAGACCCCUCCUCCCUCUGUUACCCCCGUAUCCCCCCUGGUGGAUGGCCUGUCGGGCCCCUCCAGCGCUCUUCCUCCCCGGACGGCAGGGGCUCCCCUGGGCAGCACCCCCGAGACUGGCCCUGUCCCCCCCACCCUCAGGGACACCCUGCCACUGGCUGCAGAGGGGAUGCCUAAUGGCGACCUGGGCAUUGCUGGCAGGGGCAGGAGAGGCAGCUACAGAGGGAUGCGGAGGAAGAGGGAUGACGAUAGGAUCACGAGGCCCAUCCCUCUGAGCGAGAUAAAGGUUCUACAGCCCAAGUUUGACCUGGCGACCUCCAACUUCCCUCCAUUGCCGGGGUGUGUGGUCAGCACGCAGGGAGAGCCUGUGCUAGAGACUCGCAUGUCUGAUGUGGUUCGAGGCCUCAAGGUGACCAGCGACAAGCCUGAUGUGAAUAAGGAGUCUGUCGCCCCUCCUGCUACUGCCCAAAAGGAGACUGUGAGUGCGCCCAGUCAGGUCGCGCCGGCCCACAAACCCCCCACCCCUCUGGUCGUGGAGCACCCUGUUCCAAGUGUUGCUCAUCCGGUGGAGAAGCCUGAGCCUCAUGUCCAAAAGGAGAUGGCUCCACCCCCCACACCACCCUCUUCUCUGCCAACCCCCUCACAGCCCGCCGCUGCUACCAAACCCACCCCUACGCCCACCCAGAGUCAGUCCAUCUCCACGGCAACACCAGUCCCCGCCACUACCACACCUGCACCGGAGUCAAGGAAGCUGAGCUAUGCUGAGAUGUGCAAGCGGCCAGCCACCCAGCCCCCAGCGCCAAGCACCUCCCCCAACCCUCCCACCUCCUCGGCCAGCCAACCCCUGCGGGAACUGCGGGUCAACAAGGCCGACGAGCCCGCCGCCUCCUCCAGCAGCGAUGGGGAUAGGCCUGAGAAAUCCGAGCGGCCUGGAGAAGGCCAGCCCCACCUUGAUCCCCUUGGCUCAUACUGUGGGGUCAAUGGCCCUGCCCGAUCCGGAGGGAUGGGCCUAAAGUACCGGGAUCAGCAGAGGGGUGCGUCCAUGAGCCGACGCAUCUCCCCCCAGGGCUGGGCCAGACGGAGCGGGAAGGAACAGAACAUUCCCCCCCGGUCACCAAAGUAGUUUAAACAACACCCAACAGACUAACAGGAAAACAAACACAAAUCUAUAUACGUGUGUGUGUGUGUAUAUAUAUGUAAAGAGAUAAAUAUAUAUAUAUUAUUGGAUGAAAGAACACAGUCACGUUCUUAAUCUUAAAGACCCCCCUGAAGAUCGGUCGGACAUCUGCUGACCAAUGUUUGGGAAAGACUGCAAGCUGUAAUCAUUUUAAGAGGGGGCAGACAUGAGUGUUAGAAAUCACAAACUGAAGGACUUGUUUGAAAGAAUAGUGAGAGAUGCUUACAUGCUGCCUCACCUUGGUUAGCUUGAAGGCUGGGCCCCCCACUGCUAAAUCCAUGUUAAUUUGAUUUCUGUGUCAAAGUGGGGGACAAAUGUACAGUAAUGCCUUGUAUCACCAGAAUACUGGUAGUUGCAAAGGGAAAAAAAGGAAAAGAAAAGAGCUGUUAGCAAAUCUAGUUAAUAUGCGACACAGCAAAAGAUGUGGACAUCCACCAAUAUGACAUCGUUAUGAGUUGAUACGUAUGAUGCAUUUUGUUGUUGGAGGCGUUGGCAAGUGAAUUUUUUGGCGAAGGGCGAAGGAUAGUUCAUGAAAUGUGUUUUAUGAAGGUUGGAUGUGAGAGGGCCACAUGGUUUUAGAGAAGUGCCUGUUUUGAACUGUUCUGAGAGAUGGAGGGAGUUGGGAAGCCUGUCAAGCUGCACUUUCUUUUAGGUGAAGAAACGGUCUUGGAUGCCUGUCAGCUAUGAGUCUGGAAUUAUUUUGUGUUCAAAAUCAAUGGGGGGAAAAAAGACAUUUAUUAGAAUCAAUGAAUUUCUUUUCACGGUUGUUGGAAACUUUUGGUAUACCCUUGCUUGAGUAGGACAUUAAAACCUUUACGAUAAUGGUGCUUGGAUACCGUGCGAAUAUGGGGAAAAGUUUGGAUAGUCAGGCUGUCGGUCACUGAAUUGUUAUAUUUUCCACUCUCCAUUUCCUAUUACUUUGAAACGUAUGGUUAAAUGUUUGAAUGAGUGUUGGUCCCAACUGUCUGCCAAUCCUGUUUAGUUAAAAUAUGCUUUGGUUGGUUAAUGAUGAUUGCGCCAACCAUUAGUGCAUAAUCUCUCCAUCCAGGGUCAAGUUCAGUAGGUGCAAAACUGAGUGACACGGCAAGGUACUCAGAAGUUUUCCUAUAAGAACUGCUUGCUUUUGUUUUCCAUUGCAAAAUGUUUUUUUUUUUAAAUGGUUUGCUACAGUGUGUUAUGAACAUGACCCACCAAUCCAUUGGUUAGGGGUUGGGAUUUGAGUGGAUCAGGAAGUGUUGUCAUGGGUAACAGCUCAUGUGAAAGGGAGGAGUCUUCCCUUUGUGAAGGUGUUUGGUAGUUGAGGCAGUCAGCACUUGCAUCGUAGACACCUGACACGUGCACCGUUGCCAUGAAUUUUACCCGUUUAUACGUAGCCUUUUUAAAGGGGCAAUCUGUAUUUGCUACAUUCAUUAUUGGACCUAUUAUUAAUUUAUGUACCAAUUUGAUUCGUCAAGUAUCAAAGCUUGGUUCCACUGUCAUACCCCAUCAGAACCCAAAAUAUAAGCCUGUUUUACUCCGAUGUUUGUAAACAAAGUAAAUGCAGACUAAAUCUAUAUAGCCUCAAAACAUGGUUAAAACUGUCAUUUUUAUGAUAGAUGGUCAGUCCUUGCAUCCAUAGCUCAGUCUAUGAAUUAGAGCUGUUACAUUUCUCCAACCCCCAUCCCUCAGCUUUUUACUGUAACAGGGUAGGGAGAAUGCUUUGUUUCAACUGCUGAUUGUCAUUUUAAGAAGAGCAGUUUUAAUGAUGUGUCUUGCAUAAAAGUUUAACCUGAUGUAUUAAUAUGUACAAUUAAUUGUACCUAUGUGAUCAUGCAGGAUACCGGCGUUAACAUAUACCUUCCUAUUUAUGUCUUGAUGGAACAGGUAGUCUUUAUCAUCAAAUAGAAACCCUUCCACCCCAGAUAUCUGGUCAUUUUAACAUGCCACAAUAUCUGUGCAACAUGUUCCAGAGUAGUCUGCCAUGCAUUUUGGUAGCUCUUGUAUCAUGUAGAAUAGGUUAGAUGGUAUUUUAUAGAGUAGUAAUGGGAUCCCAAGCAUGAAACUAGUCUCUGGUACUAUGUAUUCGAGCUUGCUCAUUUAAAAUGGCCUGAAUUCUGAAGGCAAGUAAAUGUUAUCAUUCUCUUAUUUGUUGGCAUCAGGAAUUAAUCUAUAAAGGAGCUUACUGGUUUAGGGCAGCGAUCACUGGAAUUUAACGUUUUUAAUGCAAUUUUUUUUUUUUUGUUACAUUUGUCAGUAAAGUUCUGCUCCAGCAAGAAUCCGGUUAGUGUUCUGACUUCUCAAUUUGAGUUCAUAACAUGCAGAGUACCGAACCUGUCCCAGUAUGAGAUUAGGGGUGGUCAGUGGAGACUUCCAGGUGUGGUGUUUAGUGCUUUUCGUGUACAGAGGGCUGUUUUCUUGUCAGUGAAAUGCUGUCGAAGUCUGAUCAUGUCCGUUUUGGGGUUAUCCUUUUUCAAUGUUGCCGUUGAUUCAUUGAGCAGAGAUUCUGAAGGGUGAUAAUGAUGAGUCAUGUUAUUUUGGGAUGGGAUUGAGGGCAGAGCGGCUGUCUGAUAUUAGGGUUUUGGUGUCUGGCUAAAUCAUAGGAUUGUGAUUUAGCCACAUUUUCUUUCCUUGUACAUUUCACUUUUUCUUUUUACUGUCUUAGAUUUUUUUUGAUUGAAGAUUUUAAUGCAUAUCUCACGAUUGUUUUAAAUUCCGUACAUGUCCAUUGUUUGCGAAAUGGAAGUUUGUGUAAUGUUAGGAGAGUUGACUUGACAUGGGGAGCAUCAACCUUAAUAUCUGUUCCUUUUGUAUGCGCUUACAAACUCAUAAUUCAGCCUUUGUGUAUUAAUGGAUUGAACCAUAAAUGUAUAGAGAUCAUUAUGUGGAAAUAACUUUUUUUGCAUGGACAUUGCCAUUUUAAAGUAGUCAACUGGGUGGGGAUUCCUAUGGAUUGGGAGCGAUCAGCCAAUGAUCAGAGCAUUGACCGCCAACUAGUGGCCACAAGAAAUGAAUUAAGAUGUGUUUCUAGACUUCAACACUGUAGCUGGUGGUAAGUUGCCAAUUUUAGCUUUACAUGUUUUUCCAAUAUCAGAAGAAGGAAAUUGACUACUUUAAAUGGAGAUGGCCUCAUUGGCACAGAUACAACAUUGUGAUCUCUAUGAUCCAGACCAAAGUCAAGCAGGCAAAAAGACAACCUUGGGAACUUGGGAACACUCCUACUGUGGGAUGGAAAAGCUGUCAGUUAAUUGAUUAAUGCUCCCUGUCUCUCUUGAUUGGCCAGUUAUGCUUGAUUAAUGUAGUCCUAUUUGAGGGAAGGCCACAUGUGUAGGUGGUCUGAAUGUUCUUGUACAGAUUUUGCGCCUAGAAGGCUAAUCUUUGGUCGUUUUUUUUUUCUUCUUCUUUAUUAGUAAGCACAUUUAGAUUUGAGUAAAUGUUUUGAAAGAGUUCUGCAGUUUGACUUUUUUUUUUUUUAUGGUCUCUGAUGUACUUUUUCUUUCAGUGCAUUUGGUGUCUUUUUUUGUUAGUUUUUUUCAAAAUGUGUGUAGUAUAUAUCCAAAACUAUUAUCUGAUUUGCGACUUGGUUUAAGUGAGAAUUCAGUGCACUGCCUGGGUGCUAGCAGUGCAGUAACAUGUUACCUAUCUAACCACUGGGCCUAUGUUCUUCUUUUAUAUUUUUACAUCCAUUAAUGGCUAAGCUAAGAGCAGCUAGUGGUGUUGUGGAAUGAAAUGCACUAACUUUUGUUUGAAAAUACUCUCAUAAUCCUGUAAGGUGUAAAAUCAUUUUAGAUGUCUACGUUGAAGAAAAGGUGUUCAGGUUUGCUGAAAUUAUUACAGGAAUAGGGUUUUAUUUUUCUUUAACUGUUUUUUUUAUUAGUUUUUGUAGCACUUCCCUGCUGGGACAAUGGCGUUGGAGGGGGUGCAGCUGGGAAAUGGUAACGUAUGAGUGGGGGGGUGUGAGACACUGAAUUACUGAUUUAAUAGAUGUCUGAACAAAAACUUAAAAGAAUAAUAAAGUACAAAUAUUUCUUG